GACUUUACAAAUCAGCCUAGGCGUUCUGGUGUCUCGACAUACAAGAACCUGGCGGACGGUAUUCAGAAUCUUUCCAUACUAUAGCUUUGCCUCGACGACUCGACUCGAAGACCCUUCGGUCUCCCCCUGAGACAUCAGCAACUCUGUCGUCGUCGAUACUGCUCCCAGACCAAAUCCUUGGACAAUUUCUCAGUCCACCGGCCCUCGAGAACAAUGGCAGAUACAGCACCCGCCAAUGCGCAAGUGCCGCAACAACAGGCAGCUCAGAUCCAGCCAUGUAAAUACAAGACUGGGAAGACGUUAGGUGCGGGCAGCUAUUCAGUUGUCAAGGAAUGCGUACACAUCGAUACGGGCAGAUACUACGCUGCGAAGGUCAUCAAUAAACGGCUUAUGGCGGGAAGAGAGCAUAUGGUUCGAAACGAAAUUGCAGUAUUGAAGAAAGUCUCCAUGGGUCACAGGAAUAUCCUGACCCUGGUAGACUAUUUCGAGACCAUGAAUAACCUGUAUCUCGUCACCGAUCUUGCCCUUGGAGGAGAACUCUUCGACCGUAUCUGCCGAAAAGGAAGCUAUUACGAGACCGACGCCGCAGACCUCGUCCGGGCAACCCUUUCCGCCGUCGCAUAUCUCCACGACCACGGUAUCGUACAUCGCGAUCUAAAACCGGAGAACCUCCUCUUCCGCACCCCAGAAGACAAUGCAGACCUUCUGAUCGCCGACUUCGGCCUCUCGCGCAUCAUGGACGAGGAGCAGUUCCACGUUCUCACAACUACCUGCGGCACUCCAGGCUACAUGGCCCCUGAAAUCUUCAAGAAGACCGGGCACGGCAAGCCAGUCGAUAUCUGGGCCAUCGGCGUCAUAACCUACUUUCUCCUCUGCGGCUACACGCCUUUCGACCGCGACUCCAACCUCGAAGAAAUGCAAGCCAUCCUCGUCGCAGACUACUCCUUCACCCCACUCGAAUACUGGCGCGGCGUCUCAAACUCGGCCCGCGAAUUCAUAAAGCGCUGUCUCACCAUCAUCCCCUCGGAGCGCAUGACCUCCCACGAGGCCCUCUCCCACCCCUGGAUCGCCGACACCCCCGUCAAGGAAGGCGAGGACUUGCUCCCGACGGUCAAGAAGAACUUUAAUGCGCGCCGCACGCUGCAUGCUGCAAUCGAUACCAUUCGUGCCAUCAACCAGUUGCGAGCGGGUGGGGGCGCAGCGAUGAUUCAUGAUGGCGCGAGUGCGCGCGAUCCGGCAAAGAUUGUGGAGAACUCGAGACCUGUGGAUGAGGAUGUUAUGGAGCUUGAUAGCAGGGGCAAUGGGCGGGGCCAGACUGAGGAGAUGAUUCGCGAGCAGGAGAGGCGGAUUAGGGAGACACAGGCGGGUCUGUGGGGGCAGCGGAGGUGAGCUACAAUGUACCAGGAUGAGGCAUUGUUUGCGAUAGACGUGGGAAAUGACGGCGCUUAUGAUGAAUGAGCACAUGAGUGAGCGAUUCGGGGUCAUUGCGGGCGGGCCAAGAUUAUUGCCACCAG